AUGAUGCAGGUUCAAGUGGUAGGUUUCAUGCUUUGAUCUCUAACAUUGAGUAUAAAGGAUCCAUCAGAAGACACCGAAUGGAAUGCCAUUUUGCGGGAAAAGGGAAUUCUGCCUCCCUUACCGAAACCGAAGGAAGAAUCACCGGGCCCUUCGCCUGAAACAAAACGUGAGUAGCUGGCGUCCUUGAAUUGAUCUUUUUUGUGGUUGGAAACAUCGUUAUGUCAAAAGUAUCCUUGUUGGGCUCCCCGCCACAAAAAAAUCUCGAGUAUACGUCGGUUCUUAGGUGAAGUUGGCUUGUCAUGUAUCAGCUCUACAUGUUUGCGCCGGAGUGUUAUUAUCUCCGGUUAUUUUUUAGCCCGUUAUUACCUCACUAAGCACAUUUUACUGAAGUGGGUGCCUUAAUCCUGCGCUUUGGCUCUUGCAGCUGCACGCACCAAGGGCAUCGGGAAACUUUUUUCAAAGACCGCUCAAUCUUCCUCUAAUUCAGAUUUUGGAAAGCCGCAUACCCCUCCCCCCCGAGACAAACCAGAAGUCUGUAUUCCUUUGGCUAACGAGGCUCGAUCGGUGGACUGUGCGGAAUCAAAACGGGGAUCAGACUGACUCACGACGUGUGCCAAUUAGGCUGUACAGAAUUCGCGCGAUCCUUAUAGCUGCUGUGGUGGCACGCUUUAGGCGUAGGCCUCCACACCGCGGUACCCGAUCCCAUCAGUGGUCUGGUUGAUAGGUUCAAGCAGCCGAUUACUGCAUGGAAGAGAGAGCGAAAGCGGCACUGGAGUACAGCGUACAGUGCGUGACCGAUCUCAUGAAAUGUUGGCCAAAAUUCUGGAAUGUGUUUCGGACUAGGAAGGAUUACUUAAGUGGGGUUGUUAUACUGAUCACCGUGCAGGAUAACCAUAGAACAUUUCGGACUCGCCAGGAUGUCGGCUUUUGAAUGCACUUCUUUUUAACUUCAUGCAGAAACCGCACUCGGUAAAAAAUGACAACUUAAGUAGCAUGCAUUUUUCCUAUUGAUUUUCGGUGGUCUUAUAAAUUCAAAUAUACUUUACAGAAAACAUGUAUAAAAAUAUGCUUUCUUUUGCUCACUUGGUAGGAAAUCGCAUUGUCUUCAUAUUUUUUGCCCAAAAGUGUGUAUUUCGGUUUUUAAAAAGUUUCUAAUUAUGAGAUUUUUAAGACUGUGCGAUGACCAUGCAUGCAAAACCGCACAUGUCCGUUUACUAAUGCUAUUCAUGAAAUGUACAACACAGUUUGGAUCCAUUGCAAAAUUUCAUAAACUCUAUGUGAUAUCCUCUUAAGGGUAUAGAGGAAUAUAUGAUUUUCCGACUAGAUCGCAGUUGGUAGCCAGAAAUGGGGAAGCGGACGGCGACCUUAACCCUAACCAUAACCCUAACCUUAACCUUAAACGUUAACCGUCAACCCUAACGGCAACCCUAACCGAAAUCUUAAACGUAACCGCAGCUCUUAGACAUAGCCGUAAAUGAAAACCUAACCGUAAUACUAAAACAUAAUCGUACGCUCAAACCCUAACCGUAACCCCAAAAACUAAGCCUGAAGGCAUAACCUUAACCCGAAAAUCGGAAACCAUUAACCGGUACCCUAAUCCUCACCUCAAACGUAAAACGGAAGCCAAAUGGGCCAUAUGUGAUUAUGAAGCCCCACAAAAUAGCCCCCAGUAAACAAACCUCCCGCCACCUGCAAUACGGGGCCUGGCUACCAACUGCGAUCUAGUCGAUUUUCCUUACGCGGAAAGCAUGCACCAUGUGUACUGAAAUUGCUAAACGCGGAUGCAAUGGCAGAUCAGGCUGAAAAUUAUUCGGGAGUUGGAACACUUUUAAAACCUAAAUACAUACUUUUUUCGGGCAUAAGAUAUGAAGACAAUGUGAUUUCCUACCAAAUGAGCAAAAUAACGCAUAUUUUUAUGCAUGUUUUCUGUAAAAUAUAUUUGAAUUUAUUGGACCACCGAAAAUCAAUAGGAAAAAUGCAUGCUACUUAAGUUGUCAUUUUUUACCGAGUGUGAUUUCUGCAGGAGGUCAAAAAAAGAAGUGCAUUCAAAAGCCGACAUCCUGGCGAGUCUGAAAUGUUAUAGGGUUAUGCUGCAUGAUAAUCAGUAUAACGACCUCACUUAAGUAACCCUUCCUGAUCGGAAAUGCAUUGCAGAAUUUUGGCCAACAUUUCAUGAGAUCGGUCACGCACUGUAUUCCCCACUGCCGCACGGGAACAUAUUACAACACGCUAAGAGUCCUGACUUCGAGGGCUACCCACUGAUGGGGGGUUGCGGUGUGGCCGCUGUGACAUCCUCGCUGGCGUGAGAUCCCAGUCGCCCUAAUAAUGGACAGUUGGUGUGCCUGUGGCGCGCGUAGACGCGUUAGUUUUUUUUAUCAGUCACUGCAACCGAGUCCACCUCCAGUCGUCUUGACAUUGUCUUGGCAUAGGAGCUCGAUGGAGGAGGUAGGAGACGGUACGGUGUAUGUCGCGCCCACCCAAGAGUGGCUCAUGCCCGGCCGACGACGGCGAGUAGGUCGGAAAGGUUAGUCGCCUUUUUGUCGGAACUAGUUCUCAGCAGUGGGUUGUUUGAAAUGUCACGUUAGGUUUACAAAGAUGCAACCAAAAUUCCUCAGCCAAUAAGUGGACGGUCCCCAUCUGUUAGCCCCCGAGGACCUGCUGCAAUUGCACCUCUAUUAGUCAUCGUGAUACCGCGUUCAGCCAGCUCCAGGACCCAAUAGGAUCGCUAAUCAGCGCGGUAGGGGUGUGCGCCCUAGCCUCCGCGGCCAGGGUCUGGCCACCUGCUUCGAGGAGCGUGUGGGCGCUCAAGCAUAAAAUACUAAUCGUGCCAUCGCGCCAUAGCAGUAUUGACUAGCGCCCGAGGACCUAUUGCAACUGCACCUUUAUUAUUCAUCGUGAUACCGGGUUCAGCCAGCUCCAGGACGAAAUAGGAUCGCUAAUCAGCGCGGUAGGGGUGUGCGCCCUAGCCACCGCGGCCGGAGUCUGACCACCUGCCUCGAGGAGCGUGUGGACACUCUAGCAUAAAAUACUCAUCGUACCACCGUUGAAAUAAUUAAGCCUUAGCAGUAUUGACUAGCGUCGUAUGAUAUGACUUCUGAGGCACUCUGUCGGCAGGCUCCACAAAGCAAAUCGAAGCAUAGAGAAGUAAUUGAGGGAUUUAUGUGCCAGUGACUCCCUGUUGACCACUUAGUCUUGUUUGGAAGACUGCAGUGCGCUCUUCGGUGUGCUGUCACUGUGGCCUCCGAAGAGCGUACACGUCCAGAUCACAUAUUGACUCCUUGAACUCUCCAGUCACUCACAUCGCUUGUUGCAACACCAUGUUACCGUUAUCCGUACUUAACUGUCUAAACAUCCUAUUGUUUCCUGAUGCGGUGGGUCACCGGAAGACUUGGCGAUGAUGCUUUGGUAAUUUCUGCGGAAUGAUAUGUCAUUGAAGAAAGGCUGACUCGUGUCCAUUUUGAUUCCUCUAGGACGAGAAGCCGCCGAACGUCUCUCCUAUGAGAAGCUAACGGCAAAAAUCGAGUCCCUUGAGGAUGCCGGCCAGGACGAGGAUGAGGCCAAGUUCUUCGAGGAGUACCGUCAGAAACGACUGGCGGAGAUGCGUCAGGCCGCGGCCAGAGCGAAGUUCGGCACUGUACUUGAGGUGACCAAAGCCGACUGGGUCAGAGAGAUUAAUGAGGCCGGGAAGGGUGUCUAUGUGGUUGUCCACAUUGCACGCAAAGGGUAGGUCAUUAUGUAUAUACUGCACUCUCAUUUAAGUCCCCUUGGAUGUGCCACAUAUCAGCCAGACCUUGACAUAUGCAGGGCUUCUUGUGGAAUGUGCGCUACGCGACGUACCUGUCCCGUUGCGCCAUGGGGUGUCAACCUAGAGUCCUCACUGGCAGUCGCAUAACGACCAGAACAUGGAAGAAACUGGGGCGGCCUACUAGCCGUCCUCAGUCAGCCAUACCCAGCCGCAGGCUUGGAGGUUUGUGUGGUGCUCUCGUUGAUAAGUCCAUUUGACACGCGGUGACCUUUCCUCCUGUAUCCCUUAGCAGCGUACGGUCUCUAGGCCGUAGGUAUGGUAAUCGCACCCCCCCUACCCCUUUGGUUCCCCGAAGCAUUGUUACUGCUUGUCUCCAAAAAGAUACGACUUGGAGGAAUCAGUCGUGGCGGCACGCCUCCGAAUCAGGUCACCUGAUGAGUGGCAGCAUGGCGCCUUGUGGUCUGUGAGGUCACCAGACACAUGUUGAUAGCGCCGGGAUAGAACGGAGUCCCGGCAUCACAUAUAUGUAUAUUCAACUUUCUCGCUCAGCACUCCUUGCCCACCCCCCCGCCCCAGCCGCUCAGCCCAUCCCUACUUGAUACGUUCACUGGGAUGUCUGAUUUUACUGCUACUCCCUGAAGCCCAAUGAUGACGCACAGCGCUGCCCCCCAUACUACGUGCCGCAUUUUUGUCCACAGAAAUGAAAAGUGCAGCGUGGUGGACAUGCAUCUGCGCACCCUCGCGGCACGCUAUCCAGACGUGAAGUUCGUUCGCGGUGAGGUGGCCCUCUGCAUUCCUGACCUGCCCGACUCCAAUGUGCCUACUCUCAUUAUCUACUAUGAGGGCGAAGUGAAGACCCAGCUGGUUGGUUCCACCGCCCUCGGCGGGCACCCCGUCAGCAUAGAAGGUGAGUCCUCUGCUGGCUGCUACUGGCACAUCUGGUCAACUCGUAACCGAAAUUACGAAAUGUGUUUCCAAUUAGGCAAAGUCGCUCAAACGGGCCACACGGUAGAUGCGCUGGACCAACAUGGGGACUAGAUGGAAGUCCUGCAGGCGUUGCAUAAAAACUCCCAACACUGGUGGGGGGGGGGGCUGGCAGCACGCCCUGUUGCAGGCUCACGCUGAGUCCUUUGGGACCUAUACCGCCCCCCCCUAUCUUCCUUCUUGUGUAGAAUCCUAGCCAGUGUACGCUGUAAACUAGGAAAUGUGGUGGUGGUACGCCUAGAUGCAGGCUUUCACCGUGCCAGACAUCUCCGCCCUCCUGCUGCCGGCAUUCUUGACUCCGCCUUGACAGUAGGCCCAGGUGGGGGGGGGGAAGGAGAGAGUGCGGUAGAUUCAGCGCAAGUGUACAAGUCACCGUCCCUGUUCUCGCCCUGCUGUGGAACACAUCGUCGGCCACGACGGCAGAACUUAGGUGGGCUCGCAACACUGAUUGACGUGCAACAUUUCAGUCACGGCUUUUGAGUGAACUUCAUCCCGGCCAUCUACAAAAACCACCGUAAAAAUGACUAAAUGUGUAAAUAAGAUAAACAAACGAUCUCUGGAAUAGUAGGUGUAUUAGUCUGAGCUUUCGAUCUCGUACAGGAGGCCAUCGUCAGAGACUGUGAGAAUGCGGCAUCAAAUAAGCGGUUUUUGUAGUCAAGCCUUGGCUGGAAAUUGGGUCUCGCCUCUUGGCCGCGGAAACGGAGCGCGGGAUAGCAGGGGGGCAUGUAAACGUGUCUGUUAAUAGAGUUGGUGUCAGACACCCAGGCCUCCAACAGUUCUUGCCCUGUCUUAUUGUCGGCCCGCGCUACUAUCCGCGUGCACGCUAUGUUGAAUUCGUGGCCUUCCUCCAGGGUGAGUUGCGACCUGAGACAACGGGUCGCCUCUCCGGACCGCCCCUUUAUGCUCCGUCAUUCGUGAGCUAAGUCGUCGUCCGGUCUGUCUCGUGUAGUGGCGAUGGCAGUCCCGACAUGGGAUCUGAUAAACGACAUCUGGUUGUUCUCCCACGUCUAGUCGGUCUUUCACUCGCAUGAUUUUUUUGCGCAUGGUCGCUCUCGGACGGUGAGCGAUAUUCACAGUCUCUGACGAUGGCCUCCUGUACAAGACCGAAAGCUCAGGCUAGUACACCUACUAUUCCAGAGAUCGUUUGUGCAUCUUCUUUACAACAAGAACCUGGGAUUCGCAUGUUCGCUUCCAUCCGUGACUACACAUGUCCUUGUAAGUUCAAAUAUGACAGUUCGACCAUCGGUUUCGAUGAUGUCCACCGUGUGCCCCACAGUUGCAGCAGCAAUGGGAGCAGGGACAGUGACUUACGCAGGGGCUUAUAGUGCCGGUAGACUUGCGUAGCAUCUACCUACACUCUCCCCUCCUCCCUCGCCCGAGCCUGGUGUCAAAACAGAGUCAAGAAGACCGGAGGCGAGGGAGGCCGCAGGUGGAUGGCUCGGACGGAUCCUCACCUUGGCGUUCCACAACAACCCCUGGUCCACACAACAAAUGACCAGGAUUUCAACCAACACAACAGAGAUUUGGAGGCUGGCACGGCCGAAUAUAUGCUAUAUGCUAUAGAAAACAUACCCAAAAAUAUCCCUUCUUGUGCUCAUUUGGCAGAAAAUCACACCGUCUUCGGAUCCUAUACUAGACAAAAGGGUACCUUGCAGUUUAGAAAAGUUUAAUUCUGUGAUUGUUAACAACGCGAAAUUUCCAUUCACAUGACAUCAUACCUGCCUGUUUACUACUGCUAACGUAUGACAGUUCGACCGUCGGUUUCGACGAUGUCCACCGUAUAUUCCACGGCAGGAUGAACACAUGCACGGUGACUUGCGCGUGGCUUAGUUUAUAGUGAAUGUAGACUUGCGCAGCAUCUAUCGCACUCCUCCUUCGCCAGCCAGGCCCCAUGUCAAGGCAGAGUCCAGGAAGACCUGAGACGGGAGAGGCCGCAAGUGGCUGGCGCGACGGGAGCCGCACCUAGGCGUGCCGUUACACGCGGCUUCGAUUCCACUGAGUGGGAAUGCCUUAGAGGCCGCAUUAAGGAGCCAUAGCAGCCUGACGCUCAGUUCACCGGUCGCACAAACACAAAACACUGCGAGGUCCGAGCUAUCCCGUUAGUUGGCUGCCUUCCAAACACACCUCAAGCGCGUCAGAUUGUUUAUAGUCAGGAAAAUGCGCUGAGUCGUCGUCGUCCUUAGUCUCUAUUUCCACUCCCAGGCCCCAGCCACUGUCCAAGCUGGCCAGUUGUUUUGUACCGGGAAUGGGCACAGUGGCUGAGAUAUGUAGUGUCCUCGUCUGCGCGUGCCACGUACACGAUCUGGUCCCCGAACACAAGCACCAGACUUUCACACAAAAGGAGGUGGUCGGUAUGCGCCUCACAUGCGUAAGGGUGCCAGAGGUCACGUUGACUGCGUGGGUUGAGUUAAAGUGUCAGUUGGCAACCUUCAGAGCUGCCGUGCGCCUACCACACCAUCAAAGUCCCAGGCUCGGAUCACCUAUGCUGCAGAGGAGCUACAUGGAGAAGGGGUCGAGGAGUACACUCCCCACUUACGUCAGAGGUGCCAAUUACGUGCUUGCGCUGUGAUUUUUGGUGUGGUCAUUUGUGAUGGUAUGCUGUAGCUGGCGUUGCUCUACUGCAAGUUUUCAUGGGGACGCACGUGCCCUCCUCCUCCUCCUCCUCCUCCUCCUCCUUCUUCUUCUUCUCCUCCUCCUCCUCCUCCCUCUUCGAAGAGAAACUGAAAUAAAAAUUUCUGCCUUGUUUGGCAAUUCCAGUCAAAUGUCCUCCAGUGCCAAGUUGGGAACGUCCGGGAUUCGAGAGGGCGCAACCGUGCCAUCCCUUGAGAUCCUAGUGCUUAUAUGUGGGAGUCGGUAACCCCCUAGCCGGACCGUCGACUUCUUUUUUAGCUGUUGCCUGGACUGAGGACUAUAGGAAAUGUUACCGACCGCCAGUUGGGUCGGUAAGGGAAAUAAGGAAAGUUUUUACGCAAUAAUAAUGAUAAUGCUACGCGAGAUCGGGGUAUCUCCUCUCAGACUAGAGGUCGCCCAAGAUGCUGCCCAGGUGUUCCACGUUUCCAGACCGUUUCGUCUGUACAGGAGCGCAGCGCCUGCACGCUCGGGUCGCGUAUCUCUCGAUCCUAAAGGUCAACAAGGUAAGACACCAUACGGAUUAGCUCCUGCACCUGCAGCGGACGCCAGCCGCACACCUGUUCGCGUUUGCUUCCAAGUGUUUAUGCAUUUCCGGUAAAGACUACCGUUUACCCAGUCUCUGCCCUAAACACGCUAUUUUCGUAGGUCAUAGAUCACAACUGAAAUACUUUAGCCCGUCUCGUAAGAGUGAACAAUUCCAACAUUUACUUCCUGUCUUUUAGCUCUUGAAGACCGUCUGGCCAAGGCCUCAGUCAUUAAAACGCCUGAAAGGACCGAGAAGUCACCCAAGAAGACCACACUCAUUCGUGGACGUUCGUCUUCCUCGGAAGAUAGCGAUUAG